AUGGUCCGCCGUCGUUCUACCCACCAUCGACGCCACGCAGGCCUACCAGCGCGCCAAAAGCCGCCGCCAGCAUCGUCGCUCGCCAUGGACGAGGAGCGGCCGCUGGCCAAACGCUUUACCCAGUACAGCCCGUACACGAUCCACAUGCGCAGCUCCAACGAAGCUCAGAGCCGCCACGCGAAGUACCGAGCGACACUUUUCAAGGAUCCCAAUACCGCUCGAACUGAAGCCGAGGAAGCUGUCCUGGACGAAGAACUGGACACCACCUGGAUCGCCGCGCUGAACGCACCCGAACAAGUCUCAGACGAAACUACAAGCCAGGGUGAGGGAGAGGAGGACGCUUCAGGCAGCGAGGGCGAGGGAGAAUGCGCCUCCGGAAGUGAGAUGGAAUUGGAGGAUACGGCCGCAAGUGAGGUUGAGGAGGACACGGCGAUGGAGAUGGAGAAGGCUGCUGGCAAGGUGGUUGAUGCUGCAGGCAUGCUUCUGGGAGCCGCGCACACAAUGGAUGAGAACCCCUGGUCAGCACGGCUUAGGAAGACUGAGCAGCGGGCGGCCUACCAGGUCAAUCAACAAGAUGACAAGACGGCCAGACGGAACCGGGCAAUCGAGUACUUGAAAAAGCGCUGGGGACCUGAUGUCAACACCUGGGUGCCGGCUGAUACCCCCUACACAGAUGAAAAGUUUCAAAAUCUGAGCAGAUGGCCAGGAGGCGUUCUUGAGGAACUGGCCGAGUUGGCCAGGCUGACCACGAGCUCGUACAAGAGACAGCAAGCCAUGAGGUUCUUGGGGGAGGCCGUUUGGGAUAGAGUCAGCAAAACACCGAAGUAUGUCUGCAAGAACGAAGUCACAGUCGCCAUACAGAAGGCUCAGAAGGUUUGGGGUCCGGUUUCUAACGCUCAGUCGGGUGGCGAUGCUGUCGAGCUUGUGCCAUGUCAACACCCAGUCAGCCAGCAAGAUACUUCAGGCAAGGAGCAGGAUACUUCAGCUGAAGAGGAGGAGGACUUCGAUGUAGACGAUGACAUUGACGAGAUGGACUUCUGGACAUUGCGUCUGGAGCUCACAAAGGCACGCAAGAGGCUCAGGCAGCUUGAGCAGUCGCAGGCAAAGCAACGUGCCAGUGACUCUGCCUAA